GACACCAAAGAGGAAAGAAGUGAAAAAAAAACAGAGAAUAAACAAGGCGAACUUUUUUUUCCAAUAGCCAGCGGCGGGGCCGAUUCGCCGCACGGGUACCGAGGCCAGGGACAGGGGAACGCGCAGGAGCAAAUGUACGGACGGCCUCGCCGCCGCCGCCGCCUCAUCCAGGACGCCACCGCGGCUGCCUUCUAGAAGCCACCGCGGACGCGGCCCCCCAAGCUCUUCUAGCCCGACCUCAAGGAACCUCCCGCCGCCCGCCUGCCACAUUCGACACCGCUGCUCCGGCGCGGAGCGUAGCGGGAUGAAGGGCCCGGGACCGGCGGCCGCCCCGGCGGCCCCGGCGGGGAAGAAGCGGUGGCGGUGCGUGGCGGCGGCUGGCGCCGCGGUGGCGCUGGCCUUCUUCUCCGUCGUCGUGCCCCUCGCCGUGCUCCUCGGCCUCCACGCGCGCUUCCCCUCGAUGUACCUGGUCGACGAGAGCGUGGUGUCGGUUUAUGAUGGCAGCGAGGGCGGUAGUUGGGAGCCGAUUCCGUCGAAGGGAAAUGACAGUUUGCAGGUCAACAAUACCGUGAAGGAGCUGGUGCCGCCUCCUUCGAAGGAGCGGACCGAAACAAAUGGUAGUCAAUCCGACACGGUUAUUGGCAAUAUCUCAAUCCGUCCAGCUCCUCCCAUCCGACAAGCCACGGUGUUGGAAAAUUCUUCAUUGCCCUAUGUUACCGACACUGAUCUGGGCAGUUUUGAGCAAGGUUUACCUGGUGAUGAGAAUGGAAAAUCCUGCCAGCUUCAGUUUGGAAGCUAUUGUCUUUGGUCUGUAGAACAUAAGGAAGUCAUGAAAGAUUUUAUAGUGAAGAGACUUAAAGAUCAGCUCUUUGUUGCGAGAGCUUACUAUCCAAGCAUUGUGAAACUUGAUGGAAUGGAAAAGCUUUCACUUGAAAUGAAACAAAACAUCCAAGAACAUGGGCAUAUGCUUAGUGAAGCCAUAUCUGAUGCUGAUCUUCCUGAAUUUCAUGGAGUCAAUAUGGCCAAGAUGGAUCAGACAAUCGCUGCAGCAAAAUCAUGUGCCUUAGAAUGCACCAAUGUUGAGAAAAAGCUGACACAGUUGCUUGAUAUGACUGAAGAUGAAGCUCUUUUUCAUGCAAGACAGAGCACCUAUCUUUACAGGCUUGGAGUUCAGACAUUACCCAAGAGCCUCCACUGCCUUUCAAUGAGAUUGACUGUUGACUACUUCAAUGCCUCAGCUGACAUGGAGCAUUCAGAUGCAAAAAAGUUUGAAAAUCCAGCAUUCCAGCACUAUAUCAUUUUCUCCACCAACCUUCUUGCGUCAUCCAUGACUAUCAACUCAAGCGUGACAAAUUCUGAGGAAUCAGCAAAUAUGGUUUUCCAUCUGAUGACUGAUGCACAAAACUUUUAUGCAUUUAAGAACUGGUUCAUCAGAAAUUCUUACAAGGGAGCUACCAUAAGAGUCCUUAAUUUUGAAGAUUUCCAAGUCAAGAAUUCGGGUAAUGGGACAGUUGAAGAAUUAUCACCAUCUGAGGAGUUCCGAAUCACCUCCAAUGGCAAUGCUCUAACGUUAAACACACUUACGAGGACUGAAUAUAUCUCAAUGUUCGGGCACUCCCUUUUCUUGCUUCCUGAAUUAUUUAGCAAUCUUAAAAGGGUCAUUGUCUUGGAAGAUGACACUAUAGUCCAGAAAGAUUUGUCGCUCCUGUGGAACCUUGACUUAAAAGGAAAAGUGAUUGGUGCUGUCCAGUUUUGUCGAGUUAAAUUCCGUCAGCUCAGAGCAUACUUGCCUGACUUACCCUAUGAUUCUGGUUCAUGCAUCUGGAUGUCUGGAGUGAGCAUUAUUGAUCUCGAUGAAUGGAGGGAACAUGAUGUCACUGGAAUUCAUCGCCGAAUACUACAGAAGCUGCGACAUGACACAGAAGCUACCUGGAGAUCUGCAGCACUACCUGCAGGCCUGCUUGCUUUUCAAGAUCUGAUCCAUCCUAUUGAAGGCCAGUGGGUCCAAUUCGGGCUUGGCCAUGACUAUGGACUCACUCAUGGUGCUAUAAAGAAAGCUGCCAUAUUGCACUACAACGGUAACAUGAAACCCUGGCUAGAGCUUGGAAUACGUCGGUACAGAAAAUACUGGAAGCGGUACCUGCCAAGAGAUGAUGUAUUUAUGAUGGGUUGUAAUGUGAACCCAUGAUGUGGCAAACUUUUGUGAUUUGAGAUUCAUAAGCUCUGGUUUGCAAGGGACGACAUUUUCUGCAAAAAUGUCAAGAGCAUGCGUUGGUAUGCAAGGAAAGAUUCCAUUAUUUAUCUUAGGGUAGCUCCACUGCAGAAAUCCUGAUUGCUCAAGAUGUUGCUGAGAUGCGGUGCAAACUUGCAGCGAUUAUUUGCAGAUAGGUUGCCUAUCAUUCGCUGAUUGAUGUACAGUUAGAUUGGACAAAGUUGUUGAAUUGCAUAGCAACAUCACAAUUUGGUUGAGGAUGUGUUGUAGUUAGGUGAGGCAUUUUGGGUGGUAGAAUGUAGAUUCAGUAGAUUAGGUUCUUGGAUUAUUAAUCAUAAUUUUCCAGAAUAUGGCUUGUGCCUGCCCUAUUGUAAUAUAUUGCCGCGUUAGUUUUUGUUUAUGACAAUUGGUGCAUGUGCAUUGAUGCAAUUGACAUAUGAACUCUUCA